GUUAUAUGUCAGUAAAGUCAGCAUUUUGAACAGAGAGGCAGAACUUCUCAGGAUGUGGUGAGAAAGAGAAAUACCUAUAACACUUCUGUUUUUAUGCCCAUAAAACGAGUGAACAGAGAGGAAGAGAAGACGGACAAAGACGUGCAGAGAGUCAUGGCUUCAGACGUGAUGUGUUUGUGUGUUUUUCUGCUCUGCUCUGGACUUCAGUUCACAACAGGCUGUGAAGUACAGUCAUCAUACAUCACAUGUGCUGCAGGAGAGUCUGUGCUGUUGCCCUGCAGGGAUAUAAAGUCACCGCAUACAGACGUCCAGUGGUGGAUCUCAGAUCCUCAGACUCACACUCCUCAAUACUCAGUGUUUCCUGUGGACGCCAUUAAGGGUCAGCGAUAUAAAGACAGAGUUCAGAUUCAUGGGAAUCUCUCACUUUCCAUCACUCGACUGACUGUAGACGACGCAGAAACAUACUGCUGUAAAAGCAAAGAAUCUGACAGAAAGAGCUGUGUUGAUCUAAGUAUUGAAGGUUGUUCUGUAUCAGAGAAUGAAAGAUCAGUGGAGAUCAGCAGAUAUUCAGGGGAAUCUGUGUUUCUGUCCUGUUUUGUUAAAUGUAGCAGCCUUUAUAAACCAGAUUCACAGUUCAGAUGGAAAUUACCAAACUACAGAGAAAUAAUCCAGACCACUGAACUGAACCGACUCUAUCAGGGCCGAUUUCACAUGUUUGAUAGAAGUUCAGGAAAUCUCUCUCUGCUGAUUUCUAAUCUGACUGAGGAAGAUGAAGGACUGUAUUCAUGCUGGAGUAAUGAGAUUCAACACAAGAACUUCAGUCUCAUCAUUAAAGGAUGCACACUAUCAGAGACCAAACAGGAACCGAAAACGAAGUACACGGGUGAUUCUGUGCUUCUGUCCUGCUCAUGUGAAGACCCAAACACCAAACCUGAGGACUUCAGAUGGACCCGUGUAGAGUCCAGUGGCACUGAAGUGUCCAAUGAAACUCCACGAUAUAAAGACAGAGUUCACACGUUUCACAAGACGACUCCAUCAAAUCUGUCUGUGUUGAUCUCCAAUCUGACUGAAGAAGACCAGGGCACUUACAGAUGCACAGUUAACAACAAAAAAUCUACUGACACCAAACUCAUCGUUAAAGGCUGUGUAUUAACUGAACACAACAACACCAAGAUCUCAUAUUUAGGAGAAUCAGUGGUUCUUCCAUGUUCCUGUGAAGAUCCCAAAACCAAACCAGAACGCUUUGAAUGGAAGCGAGCAGCUGUAAACGAGACGCUGGUUUCAGACACUUACAAGAUCAACGACCGAUUCCAGAUGAUCAGAGAUUCUCCUCAUCAUCUCUCCUUACGGAUCUCAAACCUGAUGGAGACUGACGGAGGACUGUAUGUGUGUUCAGUCAAUGGGAAACAAUCCACACACGUGAAUCUCACUGUUACAGAUUUUGGAGAUGUCAGCAAACCAAUUUAUCUGAUCUGUCUGGUGAUGCUGCUAGUGUUCGCAACGGCUGGAUGCGUCUACUGGAAAUGUACAAGAGCAAGGACAGAAAGGAAAGGAAGCCAACUGAUCCAGAGCUUAGACGAUGAGCAGGAUGAUACGUACACAUCUGUAGUCUACAGUCAAUCUUACAGACCAAAAAUCUCAACAGAUGAACACUGAAGAGGCGCCAUCUGCAGAAAGAUAAAACACAUUUUUAACACACACGUUUUAUUUUCUCUUUCUCUCAAUCUUUUCCUGUGUCUACAUACAUACAUUGUUUUUGUACAGUGCACAGCAUAAAUGAGUACACCAUUAUUUUCUUAAUGAUCAAUAAUAUAAUUCAAGGACAGAUGGCAAAAUUGAAAUAUAUUUAACAUGUACUUAAUAAAAACUAUAAAUUAUAUGCCAAUAUGUUCUGUAAAAUAAGUAAACUAGCCAAUUAUGUUUAAAUUAAGUGUUGCAGAAAUGAGUACACCCUACAUUUAAUUCAGCAAAUGUAUAAUAUUCUAUUAUUUAAUA